AGGCAGCAGCUCAGCUGAGGCGCGCCGGACCGAUUUCUCAUAUUGCAUGUGCCAAGCUGAGUGUGCCUUACAGAGACUUCUGUCUUCUCAUGUCUUCAAAACAAUACAGUGAGAACUCUAUCAGCUACACUUUGGCGGGAAGACAGUUUUAGAUAAUGGCAUUACACCCACGCAGAGUUCGAUUGAAACCCUGGCUGGUAGCUCAGGUAGACAGUGGUAUGUACCCAGGCCUUAUAUGGCUUAACAGAGAAGCAAAGCGAUUUCAGAUCCCCUGGAAGCAUGCAACUCGGCACAGCCCUCAGCAUGAAGAAGAGAAUACCAUUUUUAAGGCUUGGGCUGUGGAAACAGGAAAAUACCAGGAAGGAGUUGACGAUCCUGACCCUGCAAAAUGGAAGGCUCAGCUCCGGUGUGCUCUCAACAAAAGCCGAGAAUUUAACCUGAUGUACGAUGGCACGAAAGAGGUGCCAAUGAAUCCCAUUAAAAUUUAUGAAGUGUGUGAUAUACCGCAAUCACAGGGAGCAAUCAUUAAUCCUGGCUCCACUGGUUCAGCUCCAUGGGAUGACAAGGAUAAUGACCUUGAUGACGAAGAGGAGGAGGAUUUAAACCAAUCUCAGCAUGUACCCAUACAGGAUACAUUUCCAUUUCUUAAUAUUAAUGAUUCCCCAAUGGCACCGGCCAGUGUGGAGGCCUGUAGCCCUGAAACCGUGUGGCCAAAGAAUGAGCCUCUGGAUAUGGAGAUGCCACCACCAGCUCUUCAGCAUGACAUGUUCAGCUCUCCUGAGCUCUGGAUUAGUUCUCUUCCAAUGACAGACCUAGAAAUCAAGUUUGAGUAUCGAGGCAAAGAGUUCGGGCAGACGAUGACUGUGAGCAACCCCCAGGGCUGCAGACUUUUCUAUGGAGAACUGGGUCCUAUGCCUGAUCAAGAAGAACUCUUUGGCCCUAUUAGUUUGGAACAAGUCAAGUUUCCAGGGCCAGAACAGAUCACAAAUGAAAAGCAGAAGCUCUUCACAAGUCGACUGCUUGAUGUCAUGGAUCGAGGUCUGAUCUUGGAGGUCAACGGUCAUGCCAUUUAUGCUGUCAGGCUUUGCCAGUGCAAAGUCUAUUGGUCUGGGCCGUGUGCACCUUCUUCCACAACACCAAACUUGAUUGAAAGACAAAAGAAAGUCAAACUCUUCUGUCUGGAAACAUUCCUGAGUGAACUGAUUGCUCACCAGAAAGGGCAGAUUGCUAAAGAGCCACCAUAUGAGAUCUAUUUUUGUUUCGGAGAAGAAUGGCCAGAUGGGAAAUCUAGAGAGAGAAAGUUGAUCGUUGUUCAGGUAAUUCCAGUUGUAGCUCGGAUGAUCUAUGAGAUGUUCUCUGGUGAUUUCACACGUUCCUUUGACAGUGGCAGUGUGCGGCUUCAGAUCUCUACUCCUGAUAUCAAGGACAACAUUGUUGCUCAGCUGAAACAACUCUACCGCCUGUUGCAGAAUCAUCAGGAAGGGUGGCCAAUGCAGCCACCAAACAUGCAAAUGCCUCCAACCCUCACAGCACAAUGAUAAUCAGGCUUUGCCUGAACAAGGAACUGCCUGGAUUGAUCAAUUAUGUGGAUACUGUGAUCCUGAUUAAGAAUAGCUUUGAACUUAUUUUGAACUAUCCUCAAGUGAGUUAAAUAAAAAUGAAUGGUAUAAUGUAAUAACCUUGCAUUAAUUCAGAUCAUAUUUUGCAUGUAGACAGAAUUUCUGUGGCAUUUUACCACUUUUUACUUGGACAGUUUAUGUAAAUAAAUGGAGUGAUGUUUUUAUAUUGUGCCUUACUUAAAUGUAACAUGACAAAGUUUUCCUCAUGUGACUAGAUCUCACAUGUUGCUUUGCCCAAGGAACAUCAGAAGGUUUUAAUAGAAACACUAAACCCAGUUUACUUGAAACUAAGUUUAUUUUAACUAACCUGUUACUUGUGCCUUGAUGAAAGUACUCUUCUAUUACAUAUGAUGCAGGUUUCUACUUCAUAGUACAAUUUUUUUCAAGUCAGGAGCUGGUAUAUGUAUGAAAUAUUUGAUUAAUGUAAAGCAAAAGCUCA